AUGGCUCUGCCUGAAGCUAUUCUGACCUCAUCAACUGCCCACACCCCAGCACUCCCACCCACACUCAUGUCUCCGACAAUCAACCCACAGCAGAUGACUGCAACCAGACCCCAAACACCCCUAGAGUGCCAGGAGGUUCAGGCGGGUCUGUCGGGUCUGGAGGCCCCAGCAGUUCAGGAGGCCCCGGCAGUCCAGGCAGUCCCCCAUCGGACAAUGAAGGAGGAGAACCAGAUGAUGAACCCUCAGGGGGCUCCGAUGACAGCAAGCAAUAAACAACCUCGCCCGCAGCUCUCAAUGCUGCUCUGCCCCCAAGGAAUCCAAUGCGAGCUCAACUUCCAGAGCCGCCCCCACACUUACUGCUCUGACCAAACAAAGGUCACCUUUGUUCAGUCUUACCUCAAGGGCAUGGCCUUGGAAUGGUUUGAGCCCGACCUUCUUUCCAACUCCCCCAGAGACUGCCCCAACUGGAUGGACAAUUACUCCGCCUUCAUGUUAGAGUUACAGCCGCUUCUGCUUCCACUCCCACAUCUCCUGGAUCUCCAUGUCCAAUCCCACUGCCUCCUCUGCACUCUCUGCACCAAAGUCACCCCCGCGGCUCCCACUCCCCUCCAUGAAUUUCUCCAUGGUGGAAACUCCCCACUCCAUCACAGCUCAACUCCCCUCGACCACCCACACACUCCGCUCCAACAUCAGGAUGCUCCACUCCAGGAAUGCGUUGGUCCAACUCAACUCGAGGACAAUAUUGUUGGCAACUCGUACCCAGGCCUGGUCGUCGUAUUGGUACUCCUCCUUGUCCUCGCCAAGCAUGGUGCCCUGCCCAGAGGACGUGCGUCCCAUCAGGACUUGGGCUCACGUGCCUCUGCUUUCCCUUCCCUCAUGGAGAAGGAGUUCCCGUGCCGCACCCACUUCUUGCCCCAAGGAACCACUGCCAGACUCGCCCAUCGGAUCGCACUGCUUCUUCUUGUACACAGCAGUUCUCCACAACCUUCUGCCACAGCUCUGCCUGCCACUUCUUCUCCAUCUCCUCCUGCAUCCUCCACUCUUCCUCCACAUGCUGGCGGCAGCCUCAGCCUCCUCCUCCACAGCUUGUCUCUCCAGCACCAUGCAUUCUUGGACAUAGUGAUAGAGUUGAGGGUAUUGAUACCAGGAAAAUGGGAAAACUCUUCUCAUCACCUUGUGUUCCAGUUCUUUGGUCCUCUUGGCCUCGAGGGCUCGGCCCUAAGGGGGGGAUACUGUCAUAUACCUGAUCCAACCACUCCAACAAUAUCAAUAUCUGCUCCGCCCGACCUCAUACUUUCCCCACUUUCCUACCACCUCCACUCCAUCCGCCCUCUGCUCCUCCCAGUCGGCUCCCGCAUCCACUCCUAUGGCUCCACUUGA